AUGCCCAGUACCAUCAUAACAACAACUACAGAAGACACAACCACUCCAGAAACAGAAACCAGUACCGUGCCCAGUACCAUCAUAACAACAACUACAGAAGACACAACCACUCCAGAAACAGAAACCAGUACCGUGCCCAGUACCAUCAUAACAACAACUACAGAAGACACAACCACUCCAGAAACAGAAACCAGUACCGUGCCCAGUACCAUCAUAACAACAACUACAGAAGACACAACCACUCCAGAAACAGAAACCAGUACCGUGCCCAGUACCAUCAUAACAACAACUACAGAAGACACAACCACUCCAGAAACAGAAACCAGUACCGUGCCCAGUACCAUCAUAACAACAACUACAGAAGACACAACCACUCCAGAAACAGAAACCAGUACCGUGCCCAGUACCAUCAUAACAACAACUACAGAAGACACAACCACUCCAGAAACAGAAACCAGUACCGUGCCCAGUACCAUCAUAACAACAACUACAGAAGACACAACCACUCCAGAAACAGAAACCAGUACCGUGCCCAGUACCAUCAUAACAACAACUACAGAAGACACAACCACUCCAGAAACAGAAACCAGUACCGUGCCCAGUACCAUCAUAACAACAACUACAGAAGACACAACCACUCCAGAAACAGAAACCAGUACCGUGCCCAGUACCAUCAUAACAACAACUACAGAAGACACAACCACUCCAGAAACAGAAACCAGUACCGUGCCCAGUACCAUCAUAACAACAACUACAGAAGACACAACCACUCCAGAAACAGAAACCAGUACCGUGCCCAGUACCAUCAUAACAACAACUACAGAAGACACAACCACUCCAGAAACAGAAACCAGUACCGUGCCCAGUACCAUCAUAACAACAACUACAGAAGACACAACCACUCCAGAAACAGAAACCAGUACCGUGCCCAGUACCAUCAUAACAACAACUACAGAAGACACAACCACUCCAGAAACAGAAACCAGUACCGUGCCCAGUACCAUCAUAACAACAACUACAGAAGACACAACCACUCCAGAAACAGAAACCAGUACCGUGCCCAGUACCAUCAUAACAACAACUACAGAAGACACAACCACUCCAGAAACAGAAACCAGUACCAUGCCCAGUACCAUCAUAACAACAACUACAGAAGACACAACCACUCCAGAAACAGGUAAACAUUCUUUUCCUCAAUAG